GUGCAGUGGAAAAUAUGCAGUAAAAAGAGGAAACGCUGAAAUGGAAACAAAGUUGGCCAAAAGGCAAAAAACCAAAACCCAACUACGUGCCAAACGGAAGAAGAAACGAAUUCGUCAGACAGAGAAAGCUGAGAAACAUCUGUCAAAAUGCAAGACACACUAAAUGAGAACAUUCUGUGCCCGACGUUAGUUCAGAUCGCAACGGAAAACUGAAGCUCCAUAGCCAAAAAAAAAACCGAAAGUGGUUAUAUACUCCGGAAUUUAUACAUCUUGUUUACUAUAUAUUUAUGAAUUAAUCAAAAUGGCCUUGACUUCGAGCUGGAGGCAACUUUGGCUUAUUUUGCUUCUGGUCGUGGGAAUCGCCUAUGGUCUUCCGAGUUUGGAAAAUCAUACGCAAGAUCAAAUCGAACAGGUCGUAGCCUGCAGACAGCCCAAGGCACCUGGACUGUGCCGAGGUCGCCAAUUGCGAUAUGCCUACAACGAGAAGACCCGAAACUGUGAGAGCUUCUACUACACGGGCUGUGCCUCCACUGAGAACAAUUUCCUGACCUACGAGGAGUGUCGCAGGGACUGCAUGCAACGCCUGCGCUACUGAAAAUCCUCUUAAACUAAGCUUAAUAUAUAUAUAUAUUUAUUGUUAGACCAAAA